AUGGAGCCAGCAACCUCCCCACCAGCAGCAGAUAUCGCAAAACCACUAUCCGAUUUCCAAAAGAUAGGCCACAACACAUACCUCUGGACCUCGCCGCCAUACUUGUCUCAGCCCGGAGAUCAAACACCACUCAUCCUCCUCUUCGCCUGGAAUGCCGCGGCUGCAAAGCACAUUGCCAAAUAUACACUCACCUACAAAGAGCUUUUCCCCACAUCCCGCAUCUUACUAGUACGAUGCUUCACUCAAGACAUGUUCCGCAGCGCCUCUUCCUAUAGCUCUUUACUCCAGCCAGCAAUAGAGCUUGUAGCCGAACACACCACUGCAGGAGGCGAAGUCCUCGUCCACAGCUUUUCAAACGGCGGCGGAAAUCAAGUCAAUGAGUUUGCGAAGGCUUGGAAGAAGAAGUACGGCACACUACUGCCGAUGCGAGCACAGAUUCUCGAUUCUAGUCCGACAAAAGGUCCAUGGAUGAAGAGCCACGCAGCGAUAUCUGCGUCUCUUCCCAAAAGUAUGUUUUGGGUUUGGUUUGGUGGGGCACUGGUACAUCUCUUGCUUAUUUGUACAUUCAUUGCCGAUAAGUUGAUGGGAAGGGAGCAUAUGAUGGUGGUUUUAUGUCGGCAGCUGAAUGACGAGUCGGUAUUUGAUACGAAAGUGCCACGUGUGUAUCUAUAUAGCAAGGCGGAUCAGAUGGUGGGUUUCGAGGAGGCAGAUGAACAUGCUGAUAUUGCCAAGGCAAAGGGGUGGGAUGUGACGAAGGUUCAGUUUGAGAAGAGUCCGCAUUGUGGGCACAUAAGAGAGGACCAAAGAAAAUAUUGGACGGCGGUUGUUGUAGCUUGGACGAAGGGGCCAAGGGACAAGUAG